AUGGGUUAUGGUGCACGUAAAACAUCUAUGAAAACAAUUGAAAAAGCUACAUUAAUGACAACAUUUAGAGUUCUAAAUUGUUUUUUAGAUAUUCAAUGCGAUACAAAUGAAAAAUACAUGUGUGGACCAAGUUGUAUUAAAACAUGUGAUUAUACGCCUAAAAUUUGUACGAUGAUUUGUCAAUAUGGUUGCUUCUGCAAGUCUGGAUAUGUGCGUAUGUCUAAUGAUAGUGGAAGUCCAUGUAUCAUGCUCAAGGAUUCAUGUCCACGUACGUGUAAUGAUUUCUCAUAUCCACUUUCAAAAAGUCCUCAAGCAUGUAUAGCAAUGUGUAUAUCUGGUUGUUUCUGUAAACAAGGUUACUAUCGUUCAAAGAAUGGUCAAUGCGUUGAGCCAGAAAAAUGUUGUACAGACGACAAUGAACAAUAUUCAGAGUGUGGAUCGGCUUGUAUUGAAACUUGUAAUUACACACCACAGUUCUACUCAUCCUCGGAUCCAGUAUGCGGCAACAAUGAACAAUAUACAUGUGGCGCAGAUUGUAUUGAAACAUGUGAUUACAAACCGACCUUAUGUUCACACAUAUGUCGAUUCGGUUGUUUCUGUCAAGAUGGAUAUGUUCGUCAGUCAAAUAACACUGAUAGUCCUUAUGUUAAACGUGAAGACUGUAACAAAACAACGGAGUCUCCACUAUGUGGAGAAAAUGAAGAAUAUCAAGAAUGCGGUUCAGCAUGUUCACGUACGUGUGAUGAUUUUUCUUAUCUAACUCCAAAAAAACAUCAAGUAUGUGUAACCAUGUGCGUAUCUGGUUGUUUCUGCAAACAAGGUUACUAUCGUGCCAAUAAUGGUCAAUGCGUUGAGCCAGAAAAAUGUUGUACAGACGACAAUGAACAAUAUUUAGAUUGUGGUCCAGCUUGUGUUGAAACUUGUGAUUAUGUACCACAACUUUGUACACUUCAAUGUGUUUCUGGCUGCUUUUGUCAGUCUACUGAUUAUGUUCGUAAGAAUAACAGCACUGCUAGUCCUUGCAUUAAACGUGAACAAUGUUCUGAAUGA